AUGACAAAUAAUAAUACAAUCAAUCAAGAAACAAUUGAAAGUCUUUGUGAUCGUCUACAAUCAGCUACACGAAUCGAAGAUCGACGAGAUACUGUGUAUGCCCUUGAAGUACUUUCUAAAAAAUGCAAACUUGAAGUUGGUACUAAAAGUAUAAUAUUAUUAGCAAAUAUUUUACAAGGUGAUAGAACUGAUUUGGAUUCUAUUCAAUUGGUACUUGAAGCAUUAACCAAUCUGAUUGCAUACGAUGUUGGUAGUGAUGAAGAACAAUCAGAUUUACCGCAAGGUAUUACUGUUCAAUUUACAGAAUUAUAUAUUCAAAAUAAGAAACGUGUUCAUGUAGUUCUUGAACUUAUUGCAAAAACUAAUUUUAAUGUUCGUCGUGCAGCUAUUCGAUUUCUCACUGCACUUCUUACAAAUUGUACUGAAGAGUUACAAGAUAUUAUUUUGGAAAGCGGACCUGCGGGUUUUUCAAAAUUACUUGAUCUUCUAGAAGAUAAACGUGAAGUUAUUCGAAACGAUGCACUUCUACUUUUUCAAGUCUUAAUUCGUUCUAAUUGGUGUAUACAAGGAAUAUUUGUACUUGAAUAUGGUUUUGAACGUUUACUUCGAAUUCUUGUUAGUAAAUAUGGCAGUGAUGGAAAUGUUACUAUCGAAGAUUGUUUAUCUAUUAUACUGACGUUAUUCGAAAGUAAUCAAUCAAAUCAGAGUUAUUUUCGUAGACGUUCUUAUAUUCCACGUCUAUUCAGUUUUUUUGAACGCGGUCUAAUUGGCGAAAAACUUUGGUCUAUACAAAAAGUGACAAAUAUUCAUCUUUUAUUAAAAAUAAUUCAAACACUUGUAUCACCAACAAAUUCUAAUGAAAAUAUUAUUGCAUGUCAACGUACAGUUAAGCAAUGUGGUAUAUUACGUCGUUUAUGUAUCAUGCUUAUGCUUACCACUGUUCCUGAUGAUAUCUUAUCUGAAACUAUUAAUACGAUUGCUGAUAUUGUUCGUGGUAAUAUUGAAAAUCAGCAGUUUCUUGGUUCUAUUAUGGAUAUAACUGCUGAAGUUCAGCAGUUAGUAAAACUUGAAAUAUUUUGGGUUUAUUAUAUUGAUUGA